AGAUUGAUAAAUUGUUUGAUGUUUCUGAUUUGUGUUUUUGAGGUUUGCAUUUGGACUUGAAGAAUAAAUAUUUUUAAAACUAGUAAUUUCAAAGUAAAUUAUCUUAGAAAUUAGUAUUAACUAAACACCACCACAAUGAACGCACCGCCAACAUUCGAAUCAUUUCUGCUAUACGACGGAGAAAAGAAGGUUCAAAAAGAAGAAGAUACAAAAGUAACUAAUGCGGCCAUAUUCACUGUAAACAAGGAAGACCAUACACUGGGAAAUAUGAUCCGACACCAACUUCUCAAGGAUCCCAAGGUGCUAUUUGCAGGUUACAAAGUACCUCACCCACUAGAACAUAAGUUUGUGUUGCGCAUACAGACUACAUCAGACUACACUCCACAGGAAGCAUUUAUGAAUGCCAUCACUGACCUUACAUCAGAAUUGUCUCUCUUUGAGGAGAGAUUUAAGGAAGCAAUCAAAGAGAAAAAGGAUGGCUUAGAUUGAAGAGUAACUUGGACUGAGUAUUAUUUGAUGAAAGACCAUUUAAAUUAUUGUAAGUUAGCUAAAAUAAGUAUAAGAAAUACAUUUUUAAAAUUUA